CCCUCACCGACAACUCCCCUUCCCACCCGAAGAAAAGCAUCGGCUUCCUCGGGCAAUCUUUAGCACUCCUGCAUGGCCUCGACCCGCAGAUUGGAGCGUCGUGGCCUCUGAGACUUGGUACCUUUCGCCUGCGUGGCUAACACACAGAACCCUGCUGCAGAACGUGCCCCGCCUGGGGCUCCCAGCUCAGUCAUGCUGGCCUGCCUGCAGAGGACUCAGGACCCACCCAGCCAACACCUGGCCUGCCCCAGCAAGAGCCUUGAGCUUCGCAAGUGCGAGUCAGUGGCCAGCUCUAUGCAUUCCGCCCGCUACCCAAGCCCAGCCGAGCUGGAUGCCUAUGCUGAGAAGGUGGCCAACAGCCCACUGUCCAUCAAGAUCUUCCCCACCAACAUCCGAGUGCCGCAGCACAAGCACCUGAGCCGCACGGUCAACGGCUAUGACACCAGCGGUCAGCGCUACAGUCCCUACCCUCAGCACAGCACCGGCUACCAGGGCCUGCUGGCCAUUGUCAAGGCUGCGGUCGUCUCCUCUAGUUCGGCUGUGCCCGCUGGGCACACCAAAAGUGUGCUUAAGAGCGUGGAGGGCAAGCGGACUAAACUGUCACCGGCCACUGUGCAAGUGGGCAUCGCACCCUACCCGGUGCCCAGCACUCUGGGGCCUUUGGCUUACCCGAAGCCACCCGAGGCACCUGCCCCACCGCCCAGCCUACCUGCAGCCGCUACUGCCACCUCUGUGAUCCCUCUGCCGGGCCGGGGCCUGCCCCUGCCCCCUUCCAAUCUGCCCUCCAUCCAUAGCAUCCUCUACCAGCUCAACCAGCAGUGCCAGGCCCCAGGCGCUGCCCCAGGCGCCUGUCAGGGUGUGGCUGUGCCCCACCCCAGUCCAGCUAAGCAUGGCCCGAUGCCCAGCUUUCCUAGCAUGGCUUACUCAGCCACAGCAGGUCUGCCAGACUGCCGGAAAGGGGCAGAACUGAGCCAGGGAGCCACACCAGCCCUGACACUGGCUGGGGCCACCAAACCUGCAGGGUAUGCAGAAGGGGGCCUGGAUUACCUGCUAUGGCCGCAGAAGCCACCCCCACCCCCACCCCAGCCACUUCGAGCCUAUAGUAGCAGCACCGUAGCCAACAAGUCUCCUGAGACUUGUGGCGGGCGGGCAUUCGAGAGGGCCAACGGGUCGCCCCACAAUUGUGGUGUGGGGCUGCCCACCAGCUUCACCGUGGGCCAGUAUUUUGCUGCCCCUUGGAACAGUGUUCUGGUGACACCUACUAGCGACUGCUACAAUCCAGCAGCAGCUGCGGUAGUGACAGAGCUGGGGCCAGGAGCUGCCAGGGAGCUAACUGGGCCUCCUGCAGACGCACUCUCAGGCCUGGCCAGCAAGAGCAUGUGCAACACAGCGGUGCUGAGCAGCAGCCUGCAGUCGCUGGAGUAUCUCAUCAAUGACAUCCGGCCACCCUGCAUCAAGGAGCAAAUGCUCGGCAAGGGCUAUGAGACAGUGGCCGUGCCCCGGCUGCUGGACCACCAGCACGCCCACAUCCGCUUACCCGUCUACAGAUAAAGUCUGCUCUGCGAGCACAUGAACCGAUGGACAGAUGGACAGGGUGCUGAGGGGUUAGCAGGCCACAGCACAGGGCAGGAUGCUAGCAGGCCGUCCCGCCUGCCCUGUGGCCGUGUGUCCACAGGGAAGCCAGGCUGGUUCGCUCCGCACUGCAGUGGGAAGGCAGGUUGACCUCACUCACCAGGGCUUUCUCCCCCAACUUGCUGCCCUAGGGAGCAGGGAGGGUCCAGGGCUGCCUGCAAGGCCCAUCCUUCCUCCCAUCGAAGCAGGGAAAGAGGACCUUCUGCAGACAGGAAGUUCCUUCUGGAGCUCCAGCAGAGGCAUUCAGACCAGGGGUGCUUCAGUCAGCAUGAGCCACACAUACUGGGUCUUUACCCAUAGUCCCCUAGUCUCUCAGAAAAGGAGCAGGAAGGAUUCUAGAAAGUCCCUGGGUCCAAAGUGCACCCCCCACCAACUACUCUAGGUGAAGACCACUCUGACUCCAGACUCCUAGAGGCCUCAGGACUACCAGCCCCCUGUUCCUCCUGACUCCCCUCCCCAUCCUUCCUAAUAGGAAUCACAUCCCACCCUCCUCUCUCCACCCUGGACCAACCUCUUCUCUGUUCCCUCCACUACACCGUAUAGGGCUGCCGGGAACAGCUGGUGCAUUGCACAAGGGCACUGUGCCCAAGGAGACUCCACGCACGUCCUAAACGUGUGUAUUUGUUAGAGUUGCCUGCAUUCCGAGGAAGGGACACCAUUUCCCUACCCGCACAGAGAUGUCACGGGCUAGCGAGGGGCCUGCAAAUUCAGACUCCAUUCAUGUGGACGAUCUUGCCUUCAAGUGUGGGGUCUCCUGGGAGCUAGUGAGAGGGUGACCUCCUGGCUGUAACUGGAAUACCCCAUCCAGCUCCUCUGCAACCCCCCCCGCCCCAGGCCUGACCUGCGCUGCUGUGGGGAGAGGUGGCAUAGAUAAACCCAAGAAGCCAAGGCCCGCAGUCCCUGGGUCCCAGCCCAGCCCCAGGCACUCACUCUGGAAGCGGUACCAUAUCUCUCCAAGGCCUGUCCAAGCACUAAGUGCAUUUACAAAUCUCUGAGAAUGUUUUUUUUUAUACUAAAAUUGACCAUUAUAUUCUACUGUGAGAAGUGCAGUCUGCACUUUGUUGUUUUAAAAACGAAGAGAAAGAGAAAAAAAAACAGAAAACAGAUGGUGUCUCAGCCAUGUGCUGUGAAGAUGUUUCCACUCUCGCUGACUCCCUCGGGGCUCCAUGGGAGGGCGCCCCAGGGAGCCUGGCGGGAGGGUUGGCAUACAUGGUAUUCUGUGCCUAAGUUAUUACGAAGCUCUUCAAACUGGGUGCUACCCCAUGUGUUCUGUCAUCUUUGGUGGCCAGUGGUCCACCCAUAGAAGCAAAAUCAGAAUCAAAACUAAGCUCCGGUAGCUCUCUAGUGCUGGGGUGGCUCCCCCAUCAUAAGCCCCUCUCCAGCUCCUGUCAUCUCCCAGCUUAAAUGGUGGCAAAAUACCUGGGGACAGGCUUGCCAUCAUCCUGGCCAGCCCAGAUGACACUGGGCCAGACACAUGUCACUGGGAGGUCAUUCGCCAGGGACCAGCUGAACCUUGCUAGAGACUCAUCUUUGGGAGGUGGGAGGUCUCCUGCCUGAGUUUAUAGUGCCAUGGGCCUGGUGCCCACACAGAAAGAUGAGACCUGUCCUACGGUGGGGGUGGAGAGUGGAGGGCAGAAUCUGAGUUCAGAGCACCCAACAGGAUGGGAGACGGGAAGAGGGGUCCAAUCCCACAGCAUGAAGGUUUCACUGUGCCCAUGUUUAAUCCCUGUCAGAUAAUCUAUGCCAAGAAAAAUUGGGACAUCCAGUCUGGGGCAGCCCUCCCGCCCCACACGGAGCCCUGGCCAGUGCGGUGGGGAUCAGGGCAGAGGUAGGAAUGUCCCAAGUCAGCCAGGCCCUCAGCUGGGGCCACAGUCUCCUGAAACCUUUCAGUAACCCAGAGUCCACUCAAAGGGAAUAGUCUCAAUGUCACCGUGUGCAGAAGACCAGGCUUUUCCCUGGGAAUUUCACCCCGAGCCAGGCACAUCUGCUAGCCCAGGGGAUAUGGGAGACCAGGCGACACGGGGUAAGUGCUGGAAAGACCACCAGGGUCGAGUCACAAAGAGUAAGUGACGUGAUGACCUCAGUGGCCCUGUCAGGUAAGGAAUGUUUCUAUUAAUGUACCAGGGAACAAAACUUUGUUCAGGGAAACUAUGUUGCAUUGGAGGAAAGUGAGUGCCUUCUCCCUGGGCCUCAGUUUCCUCAGUUGUAACACAGGCUUCAUAGUGAGCUGCAGAGGAGCAAGGAUUUGACUCCAUCUGUAACCAGCGGUCACUGGGCCCACAGCUAGGUUCUUAGCGUCCUAUUAGGAAGGUGAAGACAGUGGCGCAGCACAACCACUAUGAAUACAUUUGUUUAGGGCAGGGACCCUUGAACUCGAGAUGCCCCUGCCUCAGCCUCCCAAAUGCUGAGGUUGCAGGCAGAUCCUAGCACACACAGAUGAGAACACCUACUCUGAGGGGAAAAUAGGCCCAGGGAGGGAAGGCAACUUGCCUCAGAUCACACAGCAAUUUGAUCCUAAACCCUCUAGAAGCUGGGCUGCCUUUUCCUCACAGAAUGAAAAUAGGCUUCUCCCAAGUCCUGGGCUCCAGGUGCUGGCGCACCCGCUGCUGUUAAACUUCACCUUUGUAAAGGCUUGAGACAUUGAAUUUUUAACAAAUCCUUGUGGGGCUAGAGACACCUCAGUGAUGCAAUGUUUAUAAGGCCUGGGUCCCACCUCUCACAACUCCCAAGAAGUUGCACCCUGUAAUAAAACAGGGCUCAGGUUCAAAUCCUGCCUCCACCACAUCCUCACUAUGUCCUGGACUGGGUUCAUUUAUUGGUUCUCACUUCUUCCUCUAAAAAACGGAGUUGAAACACUGUACUUCUUACCUAUGCGGUAAGUGACAGAAACCAUGGCUUCCCUAGUUAAGAUGAGAAAGAAAAUGUAUUCGCUCAAACAAGGAUAAUUUAAGUGCAGGGUAGCCCAGGGGUUGGCUGAGUCAUAAGUAGCCCAAUGGUGUCAUCAGGGACUCCCUCCCUUUUCAUCGCUGUCUAUUCUAUUGUGGGUGACCACAGCUUUAUAAGAGAAAGCAUUUAACUGGGGGCUGGCUUACAGUUUCAGAGGCGUAGUCCACCGUCAUUGUGGUGGGAGCCUGGCAGCAGGCAGACAUGGUGCUGGAGCAGUAGCUGAGAGUUCCACAUCCCGAUCUACAAGGCUGUAGACUAUUAAAGAGCUCCACAAUAGCCCGGAAUGGAGCAUAACAAAGGUUUAUUUGUUUGGGGCUAAACCGCACAGUAAGGGUAGAGAUCCAUGGUCCUCUGUGGGUGCUGGAAGCUUGGGAUCAAAUCUAGUAAAAAAAAAAAGGGGGGGCUGCAUGCAUGCUUUUCAUCUGCACUUAUAGUACCUCAGACCACACCCAAGUGGACCACAUCUAAAAGGCUAUUGGCUAAAGGAGUUCCCAUAAUACUCCCUCUUUGUCUAAAUAAGAGGGAAGCCUAAUACAAGACUAUAUACAAUAAGAACAAAUAUCAGGUAUUGUCCAGGGAAAAGAAGAGACAAGAACAUACAAAAAUUAGAACUACAACCAGCAUGACAACAUCACGCAAGAAACAUACGCUAAAUGUCCAGUCUAGAUAAUGAAUAAAUAGCAGAGAUUAUUUCAAUGGUUAUCCUAUCCUGACAAGUCUAACUCUUACAUUAAAAAUGUCUUGGUUCAGUCAAGAAAACAAAGUAACUAUGACUAUCUAGUCUUCAAGCCCAUCAAAGACCUGAGAAGGGAAAUAAUAUUACCUGAGUAAACAGGAAGUGCAAUCAAGCAACUUCCAAAAGGUGCAAGAAAUGACAGAGACAACUGGCUACCUGGGCAGUCACCCAAAGUCUCAUUUGCAACGUUGACGCAACCAACUUUGGCUAAGGUUUAGAGUUAUCUAACAGACCAUUUUCAGAGGCAGGAAAAUUUGAAAGACUGUCUUACCCUGUGUUGGCUGAAGGAAUUCCUACAACACCUGGCAUGGGCUUUUGAAAUCCCAAGGCCCAACCUCAGUGACAGGCUUCCUCCAGUAAGGUUAUACCCUCCUAACCCUUUCCAAAUACUGCCUGGUGACUGAGCAUUCAAAUCGGUGAGCCUUUGGGGGCCAUUCUUAUUCAAACCAUCAUACCCGUGUUCUGGUCUCAGCAUCCCUUCCUAGUGACAAAAUAGCUACCACAGUUCCAGCCACCACUUCCAGACCCACCGGUGAGGCGCAGCUGGGGGAGGGGCAGUCCCACUCCCCCGGGGAUCAGCACUGGGCCACAGGGCUAUUCCACGCCAAUGUCAUGUGUGUUGGGGGUCCGUGCUGUGCAGAGCAGGGUGUAUGAGGAAGAGGAGGCCCAGCCUCAAGCUCACACAAAGCCAGCUUCUGCCUGGCCAUCUGCUUCCCUUGCCUGAACCUCCCUUCACAAAGAGCACUACCAGCCUGGCCUCUCCCCACACUCCUUGGCUCUUCAGUCCCUGGGCUGUGGACCUCUGCUGGCCAUGGCUGUCCUCCCGUUCUCUCACCUCCCACACUCCCUCUUGGGAAGAUCCCCUCAUUGCCCUCAGGGACCCCGGAGUCCUCAAAAAUGAAAGGCUCAGGAGGUUCCUGGCUCUCAAGUCCAUGCUUCUGCCAGGCCAGAAGUGGGGGUACAGGCCCAGAGGACCCAGCUGCCUAAUCACC